CAGGAAGGGGCUUAGAAAAUCAGAAGAUCCCACCGGAGCCGGCGUGAGCAUGUUUAUCGGGAGACGCUGGAGAGAUCCUGAAGAUGCAUCUGACCGUCGCGUACUGGAGGAAGGGCAUGCAAAGCUUCAAUCUUCUUUCCCGAUCUAUGCGGCUCAUUGCUCGAUCUCGAAGUUGCUCGAGGUCGUUCGUUCAAUCCGUCAUAGCUGGAACCUUCUGUGCAUGGAGUUGGAUGCUCGUGAAGCUUCCCGAUCGCCGUCACAGAGGGAAUCUGAGUCGCUCAAGACAGAUUCGUAUCAUUCAGAGUCCUUCUCUGCUGUUUUCCCCCAGGCGUCCGUCGAGUGCGGCAAGAGAUUCCGCCAUGAGUUCGAGCAGUCGGCUGGGUCCCUCAGCAUUGGCCACGUGGAGUAUCCCCCGGUUUACCACACGGUUGGGUCGGUGCAGCUGAAUGGCCUUGAGAACGGAUGCGACGUGAGGCCUGUGAGCGAGUCUCCGCCAAGUGCUCCCUACUUCUACCCUGUGCAGCUCCCCAACGACCAUGGCGACAUGAACAGCUGGGGCAAUAAGAGAAUGCGGCAUGAUGAGGAAUGGCGCCAGCCCCUCAGCUGCGAGGCUGCGAACCGAGUACAGAUGGUUCAGCACGAGUGCCCUGUGAUGGCUCACUCGCAGGACCUGCGCAGCUCUCACUGUCAAGACUUUGGCACCUUGUGCGUACUCGAACCUAUGGGAGGAACGUUGAUAGUGAGAGAAUCAGCCUGCCGCUCCUACAUGGGCGAGGAGAGGACCUAUCAGCUACCGGUUGACAGCCAAGCCAUGUGGAUGGACUUACACGCCAAAUCUGUUUUCGAUGACUUCGAUUUCGUGAGAAAGAGUGACGACUGGUACGGAUGGAACAGACUUGCUCAUUGUCCUCAGCCCGUGCACUCUUGAUCGGAUUGCGGUGCUUUGGGACUAUUUUUCGCAUUGUUUUGAUGUAAAUUUUCAAUAGAAUUCAUU